CUUGCACCAAUAGUGAUCGAAGAGGCAAGUCUUUUUAUGACGUCAUCACAGUUGUCACGUCUGCGCAAUCCCCAUCAAACCCAUGUCAAAAGUGGAGAGAGUCAACCUCAAGAGGGAGGGGGAAAGAGACUCCGCUUUUCGUUCGCCCCAUCUGUGUGCUAAUCUGCUACAUAGAAGACUCGCCGUAGGCCAGAGCUAGAUAAAGAUAGCGGUUUACAAGAGUGACCGCCAUCGUUUGAUUUGAUAUUCUCUGUGGUCCCGUGUGGGAGUAUUUGGGAGAGGUAAGGAGUGAUGGAGGUCGAUAAGUAUGCUGCGCUGAGGGAAGCCGUGGAGAAGAUAGAGCUUGUGGACGGUCAUGCUCACAACAUCGUCGCCCUCGAUUCCCCUUUUCCUCUCCUCCGAUGCUUCUCUGAAGCCGACUCUGAUGAUGCCUUGUCCUUCGUGCCUCACUGUCUCUCCUUCAAGAGAAGCUUGCGGGAUAUUGCUGAAUUGUAUGGCUGUGAGGCAUCCUUGCAGGGGAUUGAAACACAUCGUAGAUCAUUGGGAUUACAGUCAAUCAGUUCAAAAUGCUUUGGAGCUGCAAAGAUUGCUGCCAUACUUAUUGAUGAUGGACUUGAAUUGGAUAAAAUGCAUGACCUAGAAUGGCAUAGAAGUUGUGUUCCAGUUGUUCAUAGAGUAUUAAGGAUUGAGGUUUUGGCGCAGAAGAUUCUUAAUGAAGAGACACCAGAUGGAUCGGAAUGGACAUUGGAUAUAUUCACUGAAAUCUUUGUGGCAAAGUUGAAGUCUCUCGCAGAUAGAGUUGUUUCCUUGAAGAGCAUAGCUGCUUACAGGAGUGGUCUGGAAAUUAAUCCAAAUGUUGACAAGAAGGAUGCUGAGAAUGGUCUUAUUGAGGUCUUAAGUGCUGGGAAACCUGUUCACAUCCAGAAUAAAAGCUUUAUUGACUAUGUCUUCAUUUGUGGUUUGGAAGUUGCUUUGUGCUUUGACUUGCCAAUUCAGAUUCACACAGGUUUUGGAGAUAAAGAUUUGGAUUUGAGGUUUUCAAAUCCUCUUUAUCUACGGGCCCUUCUAGAGGACAGUAGAUUUUUGAAGUGUCGUAUUAUUCUUCUGCAUGCAUCCUAUCCAUUUUCAAGGGAAGCAUCAUACCUAGCUUCUGUUUAUCCCCAGGUCUACCUUGAUUUCGGACUUGCAGUGCCAAAGCUUAGUGUCUAUGGGAUGAAAUCUUCUGUGAAAGAGCUUUUGGAACUGUCUUCAAUAAAGAAGGUAUAAAUUGUGGAAGGUUUUUAUCUUUGUUAGCACUUUAGGUUAUAUUACACUGUAGUCAUAUUAUCUUGGUUGUAAUAUUUUAGUACUAGCUCCAUAAAGAAGGUGAGAAAAAUGUGGUCAUAUAUUAUAUUGUCUGCUCUUCUUGAUCCUGCUUGAAGAAUCGUUCUUUUAUUAUUUUCUAUUUCUCUUAAUAUAUUUUUCUUGUGUAAAAAUAUAAUGUAUAAGAAAAGUGAGAAUAAAUGAUACUCAUAAAUCAUAAGUACAUCUUCACUACCUAUGAGAUGCAACUCAUAUUUAUCGUACAUUGUACAAUAUAAUUGUUUGAAUUUUAAAAGUAACCGCAAGCAUACGGAUCAGUGUAGCUAACGGGUCGAACACAAGGAGAGCAACCACUUUAUUUUUAGCUUCUUUUUGUAAUGCGAAAGUAUAGC